GUGGUUCUAAUUUUUUGUCAUAGUUUCUGUUAAUAUUGCAGAGAAAACUGGCUUCUGUUGUUGAACAUGUUGUAAUUGUUGUUGAUUAUAUUCUUUGUUAUAGUUUAGGAAAUUCUGUGUGUACAUGACAAACUUUAGCGCAGCACAUCAGAAAACUUUAUGUAAAUAAACCAGAAAACUGUAACGAGUGAGAAUGCCAGCAUUUUCUUGUGCACUGGAAAAGUUUUUCAUUUGCACAUAAGAGUAUUUUAAGUUUUUUCUUUUCUUUUUUCAGUGAAUGUCACUUUAAAGACUCUAUACUUUCAUUCAUUACAUGCUAAAGCACUAUCACCAUUAUACUGAUGGAUAAAAUUGGAUGCCCCAUGCUAUUCGUUGCAACUCUCACACAUAGCCGUCUAAUGAAAUGUGUUUUAAAUAACAGGGGUGCUUGAAAACUGUGUUAAUAAAAAGGUUCAAAACCUCUUGCAACAACCUGAAUCAUUUGUGUGUUCCUUCUAACUGUACAGUGCUGCUCAGUAUUAUCAGAAAAUAUGGCAAGUGGCAAUUCUGACACAAUGAGAAAGAUUAUAUAUCCUAUAUGACACAUCUGCUGUAAUGCCAAAGUGUGCCAGAAUCUAGUUAUUUAAUCCAGAAGUAUCUAACAAAAAAUUAAUCUACCGUGAAAAGUAACACCUUUUAAACACAACAACUGGUCCCACCUCAGAGGUCAUGACCUUUUCGACUGCUUUCAAAAAAAAUGGCAUGUUAUGUGUUCAGUUGAUAUUCCAUGAGCACACUGUGAAGUUAGACUGUUGACUACUGUCAUUUUGAACCUGUAUACUGAUAUUUCUUUAUAGUUGUAUGAGCAUUUAUGAUUCCUGUAUGGUGUGUUUGGUACUUUUUUUCUUUUCUUUUUUUUUCGUUUUUUCAGUUUGGCAACAGUAGCCACAAUAAACUUUGUGGAGGUAAAAACUGUAAAAAUUAUUCAAGAAUAUUCUUUCAUGUUCCAUGUUAAAAAUGAUUGCAUAUGGGUUUGGAAUGACAUGAGGGUGAGCAAAUAAUGACAGAACUAGUUGUUCCUGCUGUCACUGCUCCUGGAGGAACGACAUCUUCAUAAUUUCCAUGUCAGAUAUAAACAAACUGACACCAGCACAUCUCAGUGUAAGGAGCAGAAUGUACUUUAACAGUAGGCUGUGAAACAAGUGUGGCAGGUUGCUUCUCUUCUUUCUUUAUUAUUAUUUGUUAAACUAUCUAGCUAUAAUUAUAUAGUGGUAUUUUUUCAUUUAUUUUUAAUUUUUUAUUAUAAAAUCAAAAUACUCUUUUUUUAGUGUAUUUUUUGGUGAAGUUGUAAAUAUUGUACUAAUAUUAAAUACUGAUUUUUCAAACAGAAGAUGAAAAGGCACUUUAAAUAUUUUUCUAAGGACUAAUAUUCAUCAUGCCAGUGGGAAACAUCAGCUUUGUAAAGGAUUUUGUCAUAGUCGGCUUUCCUGGACUUCAGCCUCAUUAUUAUGCCUUUGUAUCAGCACUUCUGUUUUUUGUCUAUGUUUGUACAUUGGCUGGAAAUGCUAUAUUUUUUAUUUUGUUUGUAAUGACUAAGAGCCUUCAGAAACCUGUUUAUUAUUGCAUUAUAAAUCUAGUCGUGUGUGAUGUACUAUUCAGCACCACAACAUUACCAAAGAUAAUCAGCAGGUACUGGUUUCAAGAUGGAACCAUUUCAUUCUUGGGUUGUUUUGUUCAGAUGUUCUUUGUGCAUUAUUUAGGUGGUGUUGGUUCUUAUGUUCUGGCUGUAAUGGCUAUAGAUCGCUAUGCAGCAAUUUGUUACCCACUUCAAUAUCAUAGUCUCAUGACAAACCAAAUAGUACUCAAUCUUAUACUGGGCUGUUGGAUUUUGGCUUUAGUGGGUCCUUUAAUGAUAGUCAUUCGUGCUUAUCCUCUUCCUUAUUGUGCAGAAAACACCAUUAUACACUGUUACUGUGAUCAUGUUUCCAUCACAACACUGGCAUGCACAGACAGAUUACUGUAUAGCAUUCCAGCCCUCAUCAAUGCUCUUGUAGUGCUGCUUGGCUCUCUUGCUGUUAUCGUUUACUCUUACUGCUCCAUCUUUGUGGCAGUUAUGCGAAUUUCAAACACUCAAGGAAGAAUGAAGACUUUCUCCACCUGCAGUCCUCAGCUCAUCAUAAUUGCUCUCUUUUUCUUACCCAGGUGUUUUAUUUAUUUGUCAAGUAACAUUGGUAUUAAGUUCAGCACUGAUUUGCGAUUAGUUAUUGUUAUGAUGUAUAGCUUGUUGCCGCCCAUGAUCAACCCCGUCAUUUACUGUUUAAGAACAGAUGAAGUAAAAAAGAUUUUAAGAAGUCAAUUUCAGAAGAGGAAAAUUGCCACGUCUUUACAUUUGCUCUGAUCUGUUAUAUUUAAUAAGUUAGACUACAAUGUUGCAGAAAAAGUGGCUUAUGCUGAACAUUGUUAUAUACAUAUAAUAUGUAUACAGCAGAUAUUAAACUUUGCAGGAAUUCUAUUUUUUUUUUCUGAGUACUGAUAAAAAAGUUCUGACUACAUUUUUUGUAUGCAUGUAAAAGUCAACAUGCAAAUCCAACUUUAGGAGCUCUGUACUUAUUGUACAUACUUUAUUCAAUAAUACUUCCAAUGUC